ACUAGACAUUUAGUUCAUGCAAUAAAGACCCUCUCGCGAACGGGAUUUACGAAGACAUCGGAAGGACGUUUUUCUGACGUUAUUUUCCUAAUCUUUUUAGAAGGAUUUAGAACCGCAUCAAAGGAGUAACAAUCUUUGACAACGCCACAUUUCUGGGCAUGAUGUCCACAUGCCUCUGUGUCCCGGAGCGCAUCCUGUUGUGUUGAGGAUAGACAUCUGCAAUGAAGGAGUUAUCCAAACAAACAUACGAACCAAACACUCGGAUCUUAUUUCAUGCCCAUCGUUUCGGAUCUAAAUAUUAGCAUUUUUAAUGUAAUGCAAUUCAAUCACUGAAGAUCGCAAUAAAACAUGGAGCUGAGAAAAUGGUUCCUUGAUUCCAGUCCCACGCUUUUCCUUGACUGGGUUGUUUAGGCUAAUGCUUGCUUCCUCCAUCAGACCAGAGAUGUUUCUCCGAGACCCAGCUGUCUCGUUAGUUCCUUGAGGACAUUUGAGUUACUGAUUCACUUGUGCUGCUUUAAAGUUUUGUUUUAUUGCUGGUGUGUAAAUGACAGGCAACAUGCAUCUUGGGGUUGAGGAGCCCAUCCGUGAGUGCCAGUACAACCAGAUCUGCACACACAACUCCUCACCCAUGGACACCCCGCACAGCAAGAAGAGGAAGAGCAAAAGGAAAUGGCAGGUUUUUCCUGGCCGAAACAGGUUUUACUGCAACGGGCGGAUCAUGAUGGCCAAGCAGACCGGGGUCUUCUACCUUACCAUGGUUCUCAUUCUGGUGACCAGUGGCCUCUUCUUUGCCUUUGACUGCCCAUUCCUGGCAUCAAACCUGACUCCUGCCAUCCCGGCCAUCGGAGGAGUGCUGUUCGUGUUUGUGAUGGGGAUGCUCCUGCGGGCGAGCUUCAGCGACCCGGGCGUCCUGCCCCGGGCCACACCGGAGGAGGCGGCAGACAUCGAGAGGCAGAUAGAUGCGACCAACGGCCCGAGCGGGCCAGGCUACAGACCGCCCCCCCGAACCAGAGAGGUGCUCAUCAACGGUCAGACAGUCAAGCUCAAAUACUGUUUCACCUGCAAGAUCUUCCGCCCGCCGCGGGCCUCACACUGCAGCCUGUGCGACAACUGCGUGGAGAGGUUCGAUCAUCACUGCCCGUGGGUGGGCAACUGUGUGGGGAGGAGGAACUAUCGCUUCUUCUACCUGUUCAUCCUCUCACUCUCCUUCCUCACUCUCUUCAUCUUCGCCUUCGUCAUCACGCACGUUAUACUGAGAUCCAACAGGACUGGCUUUCUUAGUGCUCUCAAAGACAGCCCUGCUAGUGUUCUGGAAGUGGUGGUGUGCUUUUUCUCCGUCUGGUCCAUCGUGGGACUGUCAGGUUUCCAUACCUACCUGAUCAGCUCCAAUCAGACCACCAACGAAGAUAUCAAAGGUUCAUGGUCAUCCAAACGAGGCAAAGGCAACUACAACCCCUACAGCUACGGAAACUUCAUCACCAACUGCUGCGCUGCACUGUGCGGACCUCUACCGCCGAGUUUGAUUGACAGAAGAGGUUUUGUGCUACCAGACACCCCGCAGCCCGCGGCCCAGACAAACGGCACCGGCGCCUGCCCCCCCAAUCAGGUCCAGAGUCACAUGUGUGCUCAAGACCAGUGCAUUCAGAGCACCAAAUUCGUUUUGCAGGCCGCCACCAACCCGCUGCUCCACAGUCAACCCAUCAUUCUGGGCGGAGGCCCGACCCUGCAGGCCAAGAGCUCUCUGGGCGGCCCGUGCUCCACUCUGAGCCCCUCUCAGCCCUCGCUGCCCUCCUCUAUCCCCGGCCUCAGCUGUGGAGGAGAGCUGUUGGCCCUGCGGGACUCUGAGAUCCACUGUCACCAUCACCUACACCAUCAACAUUUCAUCAGCCCGGAGGAGACGCCCUCCCCACCCGCAGCUCUGCCCUGCGCCACCCAUCUGGGUCACCAUGUUCACCCGGCACAGCUCUUCAACCCGGUCAGCCAGGACUCGCUUCAUGAAGACUCAGUGCGGGGUUUGGUGAAGCUGAGUUCAGUGUGAGCUGUUUUUAAUGCCGUCCUGCUGAACUGGACCACAAGCCAUACGGUACUUUACACACGAACAACAGCUUCUACUGGACGUUUCUGAUACUUUAAUGGAGUCAGCCGCCCAAACAACUUCCUGAGUACCAAGUGAGGACCAAAGCUAGUCUUCCAGCUCU